AUGUCUUCUACUACAUCCGAUGGCAGCCGACAGCCGGGACUCAUCGUCUGUUGUGUCAUAAUGCUCAUAUUGGCUGUGACCUCAGUUGCCUUGCGCUGUUGGUCCAUCUGGGGCUCGCGAACUCACAGGUUUGGUUUCGAUGAUGCAUUUGCCAUCAUAACAUUGGAUGCAUGCAUUACUUUCCCCAAACUAUCGGUGCUUUGCUUCUAUCAUCGCGUUUUCAAGCGAGGAGGCACUUGGGUCCGUCCUGUUCUCUGGGUCGUAGGAGCUCUUUGUGUUGGCUGGCUGAUCGGGUCAUGGUUUGCAACUGUCUUCCAGUGCACGCCAGUUCGUGCUUCCUGGGAAACCGUUGCUGGCUCAACAUGUGUCAAACAGUGGAAAUUCUUCACUGGGACUGCUGUGCCCAAUGGAAUCCUGGACGUGACGAUUCUGAUAAUCCCCUUGCCACUACUCUGGUCACUGCAAAUGACCAGACCAAAGAAGUUCAUGCUUACCGGCAUGUCUAUUUGCGGUCACUCAGUGGUUGUUGUGUCUAUUGGUCGCCUCAUUACUCUCCUCAAGGCGGGGUCCUCUUUAGAAUCCGAUCUAACCUGGUCUACCAUCGAUUAUAUCUGUUGGGUGCAGUGUGAAGGCCCGGUCUCUCUCAUGUCUGUCUGCCUCCCUAAUAUUAUGGAGCUUGGACGCCGUCUCAGGCAACAAUGGACAAAAAAUACCACUGGACGUUCAUUCUCGUUAUCGGCAACCAAGAAAACUGCGUCGGACUUGCUAGGUGGCAAGCAAUCACUUUAUUCCCUCGAAGACGAUAGAGAAACUAUUCUCAAAGGUCAUCGCUCAGGAACCCCGAGCGUGUAUCACAUUAACACCACUACUAGUUUCGAAGUAACACGACUCGGAUCAGUGUCGGAAUGGAACUCUACUGUCUAA